AUGGCGGAACAAGUCACGGAAGGCCUUGCCAAGCUUCAGUUAGACCCGGAAACGGGUGAGAUGGUCUCCAAGACCGAGCUGAAGAAGCGAAUGCAAAAGCGAGCAAAGAAGGCUUCCAAGGCAGCUGCUAAAACGAGCAACCCGAGCAAGCCAGAGAACAAGUCUGGUACCGCCACCCCUAAAUCCUCCGAGCCUACUCUUGACCCGGAUGCCAUGUUCAAGCAGGGCUUCCUCGCCGAUGUUUACAAUUUGCGACCUGCGAAACCUGUCAGAACGAGAUUUCCUCCCGAGCCAAAUGGAUAUCUUCACCUCGGCCACGCCAAGGCUAUUGCGAUCAAUUUUGGCUUUGCGCGAUACCAUGGUGGCGAGACAAUUCUUCGUUUCGAUGACACAAACCCGGACGCCGAAGAGGAGAAGUACUUUCAUGCGAUAGAGGAUAUAGUUCGCUGGCUUGGGUUUACUCCCAAUCAAACUACCUAUUCCAGCGACAACUUCCAGCGCUUGUACGACCUUGCCGAGAAGUUAAUCGAGCUCGGAAAAGCCUACGUUUGCCACUGCAGCGAGAUCGAUCUCAAGAUGCAACGUGGAGGCGAAGAUGGCAAGUCACCGCGAUUUCAGUGUGAGCACGCCUCCCAGAACGUGGAUACCAACCUUUCCAAAUUCCGCGGUAUGCGCGAUGGCAAAUAUGAGCCGCAAACCGCCUUUUUGCGUAUGAAGCAACAACUUCUGGAAAAUGGGAACCCGCAGAUGUGGGAUAUUGUCGCCUAUCGUAUCCCCAAGAACCGCACUCCCCAUAUGCGCACUGGGUCGAAAUGGCAUAUUUAUCCAUCCUAUGACUUUGCUCACUGUCUUUGCGAUAGCUUUGAAGGCAUCACCCAUAGUCUCUGCACAACCGAAUUUAUUACUGCCCGGGAGAGCUACGAGUGGCUGAAUAAGACACUCGGUGUUUAUGAGCCAAUGCAGCGCGAGUAUGGCCGCCUAAAUAUCACCGGAACUGUCAUGAGCAAAAGAGUUUUGAAAGAGCUGGUUGAAAGGGGGCACGUCCGGGGCUGGGAUGAUCCUCGUCUUUACACCUUGAUUGGUAUUCGUCGGCGAGGCGUGCCACCUGGAGCUAUUCUUUCCUUCAUUAACGAACUAGGCGUUACAACAUCACAGACGGUUAUCCAAACUGCACGAUUCGAACAGACUGUUCGCCGUUAUCUCGAAACAUCGGUCCCUCGCCUCUUGCUGGUCCUGGACCCUAUACGUGUCGUAAUUCAAGAUAUCGGUGAUUUAGAGGGACAGGAGCUAGUGUUGCCCUUUUCGCCAAAGAAGCCCGAAUUUGGCUCUUAUAAGCUGCAGAUGACGUCAUCCGUCUACAUCGACCGAUCAGAUUUCCGCGAGGUUCCUUCAGAGGAAUUUUUCCGCCUGGCGCCAGGUCAAACCGUCGGUUUGCUACAGGUGCCCCAUCCCAUCAAGGCUGUUUCCUUUUCCAAGGACCCGACCACCGGCAAGGUAACAGAGAUUCAAGCCAUCUUAGUACGAGACGGUCCCAAGCCGAAGGCAUUUAUACAAUGGGUUCCGGAGGGCUCGUGUAAGGUCACGGUUCGGGUUCACAAUCCCCUUUUCAAAUCUGAAAACCCCAUGGCCGCGGAGGGUGGGUUCCUCGGCGACAUCAACCCCAACAGUGAGACGAUCUACCCUGAGGCGCUCGUAAAUGCCGGGUUUGAUGAGGUUCGCCGUCGUGCUCCUUGGCCGCAGGCUGAGGGCGAAAAAACUCAUUCUGGGCCGGAAAGUGUCCGAUUCCAAGCUAUGCGAGUUGCAUACUUUGCGAUGGACUCAGAUAGUACAGAAGACUCGAUUGUGCUUAAUCGCAUCGUGCCUCUCAAAGAAGAUGCCAGGAAGGAUGCCUAG